GUUUACUGGGCAUGUGGGCAUAGGGGGCAGUUGACUCCUGACUUGCCUGUGGUGCUGACACGAUCACGCUUUCGCCAUCAUUCAAGAUAAUCGAUUUUUUGAAACUCAGAAGUGGUUCUUUGAAUGCUUGUGUCAACUGCAAUUGGUUGUUGUAUUAACUAUGUUUCGUCCUCUUGAAUGACACUCGAUUCUUUGCUAUCUUUAUGUUGUUCUUUAGAUAUGUGAGUAUUCACUGUUGACACAGAGGGUAUAGUUUGAAAAUAGAUGCCAAUUAAAUAUGUGAAGGGAUUUGAAAGUUUUACAGAAUGGAAAAGAGCAUACGUGACUGAAAAGUUUGUUUAGUUUACCCUCCGAGAGAUUACGUUAUCACCGCGAAGGAUAACCAGUCAAAACUAAAGUCAGACUUUGCUCAAAACGAGUGUUCAUUGAGAUCGGAGCCUUUGUCACAAGACGACUGAAAAUUAAGACACGAAAUGGCAGCCAGAGACCCCAUGUUCUACCCUUCCUCAUCUUCCUCCUCCGCGUCCUCUUCCGUGAACUCCUUGGAUACCGCCCUUCGCGACGCCCUCGCCCGCGCCCUCGACAAAGGACGGGCUUCCACGGGCGAGACGAGGGACAGGAUGAGCCAUUACUACACCUGCAGCGUGGAGACAGUGAGGAACAAGAUCUCCGGUAAGUCCAGGAAUCUUCAGGCGAAAUGGAAGGAUCUCCGAGGACUGCAGGAGGCGCGCGAAAGGGCACUGGAAGGACUCAAGGGCGCUGGGAGGACCCUCGUGUGCUUCGUCGGAGGAAGGGACGGAGGCUCGCCCAAGGCCACGUAUCAGCGAUUGGAUAAUGAUUUGGACGAAGCUACCGAGAGGACCCACAUCUCGGCCUCGCCCUCUACUUCGCCUUCGACCUCGUCCUCCACCUCGUCCUCUGACCCCCUCCCUCGCCUCCGCGCCCGCGUCGCCCUCGAGUUGUCCAGGGCGGGCAAGUGGCUGGUGACGGGCCUUCGAGGUUAUGCCGAAAGUGUCAACCCUACCAUGGCCUACGACGCCCGAGCCAGGCACACGCUGCACGUCGCCAGUUCGGGCUAUCCAACUACCUUUCCUUAUGCUCUGUGAGGAGGAAUUGGCGAGAGGGAGAGGGCUGAAUGUACGUCUGGAUAAGGAGGUGUUUGUUGUGUGUCUGGAUUUCCUUAUACCUUAUGAAGAGGGACUUUAUAUAUCAGUGUGUACAGUUUUGUUACUUCCCUUGUGUGUAUUUGGGAGAAUGGAAUAAGGAUGUUUUUGUAGAUUAUGACUGUGGGAUGUAACUGAGGCGAGGUGAUAUAUUUUAUGAAACUCGUUUAGUUAAACAAAUGACAGGUUGUUACUUUUUAUGUGCUGUGUGUGGAUGUGUUGUUCAUAUAAUUUUUAAUAUACAUUUUAUAGGAGGACGGAUUACAUUUUGUUUUUUAACAGGAAUAAUGCCAGUUUAGCACAUAUGCCUUUGUAAAUAUGUGCCCAUAUCAAUGUAUUUUAAGGUGACAUUUUAAAUGUGUGACAUAGAUACAUAGAAGAUGAGCUAAUAGAUAUAUAAACAAUCAUUGUGUAUAUAUUGUGUACUAUGUAUAAAUUUUCGUAAGCUCUGUAUAAUGAAGUAAAGUCAUAUUGUUACUUGUAUUUUAAUCAGAUAUGUUGUGUGAUGAAACCCAUAAUUUUAUGGCUAAU